ACACCACCAUGGAGAUGGUGCUGACCUUUCUAUGCAGCUUAUUGGUUCCUGUGAUCCUGGCCAGUGCAGCUGAUCAGAAGAAAGAAAAAGAUCCCUUUCACUAUGAUUACCAGAGUCUGAGGAUUGGAGGCUUGGUGUUUGCUGUGGUCCUGUUUUCAGUUGGGAUUCUUCUUAUCCUGAGUCGGAGAUGCAAGUGCAGUUUCAAUCAGAAGCCCAGAAGAAGACUACCAAAGUUCAGAGAACUUAGGCUCCAUGAGAAGGUUGAAGGUGGUGGUCCCAAGGGGGAUGAGGACAGAUUCCAUUAUGACUAUGCCACUGUCCGAAACGGAGGCCUGAUUUUCGCUGGCUUGGCAUUCAUUGUGGGACUGAUGAUCAUCCUGGGCAAAAGACUUCGUUGUGGGGGCAAGAAGAAACGUCGGCAAAUCAAUGAAGAUGAACUUUAAGUACAGAGCCAAUCACAUCCAUCCCUGCAAGAUCUGCGAUAUGUUUCCCCUGACAAGGAUGAGUUGUGCCUAUUUUGGAGACUCCUUCAGUGCCUGCUGUCAUUUAUGCCUUUGUUACUGGAACUCUCCCCCAAGGCCAAGGCUUUUGGCUUUGUGGUCUGUAUCACUGGUCCCCCUGCCUCCCUAGGCCUCUGCACUAAUAAUAAAGCUGGCUUGUGAGAGGGCA